CGGAAACUUAGACGAGUAGGUUUGGUGACAUCUUUUACGGCGUCCUCUAACAACUCGUCCAGCUGAUUCCCGUGCCAAAAUGGUAAUCGUUUUAAAUAAGUGUGUCCUCUGCUUUAAACUUGUGAAUCUUAACUUAAAUUAUGGAUCCUACGAAAACGAAGACGUUGAAGAAAGAAAAAGCGUCGGUCAAAUCGGAAGUCGGCUGUUGUGUGAAAGACGAGCCCCCUGAAGUGGAAGCUGCGGACUGUGCUAUUGACGUUAGUAGUCGUUUGACUAACGGGAUUGAUUUUAAAGAAAAUGUGCCAGAAACUGAGAACAUGGGCAUGUUUUCUGGACCGCUGGAAACCGAAGCAACGAAGCCGGUCAGGAACAACUGGAUGAAGACCCACAUCGAGCAGUCAAUCAGUGAGGAAGCAAGGAAAAAGGUAGCAACUCUCAUCGAGGAUGUCGGUCAGCUUACGGACAUUGAGAAGCUAUAUCUGUACCUCCAGCUUCCUACUGGGACUCCCGUCGAUGCAGAUCCUCUUAAGCAGAAAAGUUCGGGCAAUCCGCUGGGCAAGAAGGCAGACGCGGAAGUGGCGCAGACUUACACCUGGAUUCAGAGCCACCUCGAGGAAGACCCCGAGACAUCAUUGCCAAAACAGGAGGUUUACGAGGAGUACAGGAGUUUCUUUGAGAAGAACAAGAUUGAGCCACUCUGUGCGGCUGACUUUGGCAAGGUGAUGAAACACGUGUUUCCGUCGGUGAGACCACGCAGGCUCGGCACGAGGGGCAACUCUCGGCAACUUUCUGAUGACAGCGGGGUCAAACAAGGAGCCGAGUAA